AUGGGCACUAUUGUCAAAAUAUGGAGCAUUACGACAAAAUUUAUUUUACGUACGAAUCCAAUGAGCGACCAAAACGCCGAGAACUCGCAGCGAAGGGUAGACGUCGUGGCUGUGGACAUCUCGCCAAAUCCGGCUCCUCUCACCGAUGAGCUUCAUUUAGAGGUGGACUUUUGCCUGAGCACCCCUGUUAUCAACGGCGUCUGGGACAUUGCGAAUUCAUUGCUUUGUGCGUGUUCACAACUAGGUCAAGUAGAGGCGAAGAACUAUUCCCGCGGUGACAAUCAUUUCCAGUUCUCGAUCCCGGAAAUCAACGUGUCAGGAAUUCAGUCGAGCCAACUGACCAAUUGUGGCUUGCUAAUAGCGACAUUUAAGGACGACGAUGGCGACAUACUCGACCUUAAGAUGGUCGUUCAAGUAUCGGAGCAACGCAAAGGUCUGCAAAGAAUCAUUUAUAGUCCUUUAGAAUGA